AUGGCCAGAUUAGGCUGGAUACGACAGAUAUCUUGCCUUUUCGCAAUUCUGCUUAGUAUCUGGACGCUUGGCACAGAGGCCCACCUCAUUGAUCGAUCUUCCUGCAUCAAUCUACGAGAAUACGAUUUUCAAGGACGCAUACAUUCAUGGGGCAAUGUUCUCAGCCAGCUUACGACUAGCCUUGACGAGACCGCUGACAUGGCUACCAUCGCGUAUAAUACUAUGAGAGCUGUUGCGGACCGAAGCGGCAGCCGAUUUGACAAGAAGAGAACCAAGAAUAUGUUUAUCGCCUUGCAGGGGGAUAGUGGUGAGCUUCGGAUAGCGCGUAUCUACAUAGCUGACUGUGUCACAGAUCCUAUCCUCCGGGCCGCGGGAAUGACAGAAAUGAACUCAUGGUGGACUCCUAAUGUUGCAGCUUGUGCCGAAUCCGGGUCUACUGCUACAAAUGUUCUCAACACGUAUAUCAUCGUAUGUGCUGGAGCUUUUCAAGAGACCGGGUUGACUAUUGGCUCAGAACGAACUACGCACCCAUUCAGAAAAGCGUAUGGUUAUUCUGGUGCAACCGAGCUACUAAGGCGAUUCCCGGAUAGGGUGCCUACCAAUGACGACAACCUCGGCAUUUUAAUGUUGGGUAAGUAA